CAAACGAUUUCUCCCUCGAACCCGGAAAUCCGCAAGGGAGAGCACUGUAGUGUGUGUGUAGUGCUUUCGCAGGAGAUUAGAACAGCAGACACUGCUAAUCGAUUCGCCUAACGCACAGAGGAAUCUUUUUCUCGGGAUGUCUUCGUUGACAGCAAACAUGUGUUUGAGGUGUGUUGCUCUUGCUUCACGGCGAACAACUUUUCGGAAAUUCGCACGGAUACAAAUGCUAACAGUGCCCAAAGUGACCGUUUCUCUUCCGAUGUUGGCUCACAGCGGUUAUACUCCAAGGUUCUAUGACCACCAGACGGCACGGGAUCUAAUUUAUUCUUUAAAUCAAGAUCAAAGAAACAUUCUUCUCAGUGAGAUAACACAGUUCGAAGAAGAAAGAGUCAAAACUCUAGGCCUUGACCCUCCUGUGCCACCAACGUCCACGCAGCUGCGCCUCUUGGCUUUCCAUAAUGCUCUGCCAUUCAUCGGGUUCGGCUUCUUUGACAACUUCAUCAUGAUCGUCUGUGGGGAGUACAUUGACAGCACGCUGGGGGCCGUUUUAGGAAUCUCCACAAUGGCAGCUGCUGGCUUGGGCAACUUGAUCUCUGAUGUUGUUGGACUCGGAUCUGCCUCGUAUGUGGAGAGGCUAGCAGCAGCUGCGGGUGUUAGAGCACCCGCUCUCACACCCCCACAACUCGACAUGAAGUCCACGCGACGGUCGUCAAGUUUUGGCAAGAUAUUUGGUAUUUCUUUAGGUUGUUUGAUCGGUAUGUUCCCGCUGUUGUUCUUCCACGAUGAUGAGAAGAAGACCGAGGAGAAGUCAGAAGGUGAAUCAACAGAGUCCUCUGAACAAGCCAAGUGAGAAGUAGUGGACAGGGAAAUAGCAUCUCUCCAUUUGCAGCAUUCACAACACUGUUGGAACAGCAAUACUCAGAGGCUUGUCACCGGCAUGUUUUGGCGAACAUGGGGCAUAUAGCUGUAAACAGCAGGAAAUGAGUCUUGUGUACAGUUAUCGGUUUUGUAAAUUUGUGAACACUAAAGUAAAGCGUAACAUGGAAAUGGCGUUUCAUUUCCAACUCCAAUUAAGUUUGUAGAGUUAAUCACUGAAAGUGAGAAUGAAGAUGGUCAUUCCUUUUCAAACAAAAGUUCACUUUAUAUAAGUAACAUUUUGUUCAGGUUAUCUGCAAACUUAACAAAGGGAGGUAACUGUGCUGACCAUUUGACAACACCCCUUGUUAAUGAUCAAUCAUCUACAAAGUUUAGGUGAUGAUGCUGCUGCUGAUGAUCAUGA